ACCAAGGUAGCCGCUACGAUUCUUGAAUGAAUCUUAAAAGACUUUAGACAAAAAUCAAAAACGCUUCCUCUAAAAUUAAUCAUGUCAUCAGAAAUAUUAUAUCCGACAUACAUUAUUCAGUUUUUACCUCAGCAUCGAUAUUUUUUUUUGUAUUUUUAUUCAGGCAGCAGAUGAGACGUAUUCCCGCUUGCUGCUUCCCCAGAGUUUAAACUGCAGACGCGUCUCUAAACACAAGAAUGACGGUUGUGCGAAAGACGACAAAUGCACAGAAGUAUCAAGGAUAGCCCAGACAAGACACUACGUUAUUUAUCAUUCGUAAACGCACGUUUGCAUCGCCAAACGGUUUAAUUCUGCUUAAAUCCUCCCCGGGGCGAAGCAGCUGCCAUGUCUUUGCCUCCAGAGAAAGCGACAGAGUUAAAGCAGAUGAUCCACAAUCACCUGCUCGAGAUGGACGUCCAUGGAAAGAUCCGAGAGGUGCUGGCUGAGACGAUGAGGGACCACCAGGACUCGGGACACAAGUCUCUGUCUGAGGCGGAUCUGCUUCGUGCUCUGCAGCGCAGGGGCAUCGUAGACGAUCUGAUGAAAGACCUCCACUUUACCCAGGAAACAGCUACAAGUGCGAGGGUGGCGUCUCCUCUGCAGCCUGCCACUCAUUUUGUCGACAAAGACGUUCCUCGGCUCAAGAAAAGCAAUGUUGAUCCAUCAAGGCGGUACCUGUAUCUCCAGGUGCUUGGAGGUAAGGCAUUUCUGGAACACCUCCAGGAGCCAGACCCUUUACCUGGUCGUGUGUGUUCUACGUUUACACUCUACCUGCACUUCCGUGAUCAGAGGUUUCAUUCCAAACCGGUGCCCUGUGUGUGUGAACCCGACUUGAAGGAGGGAUUUCUCCUGGAGAUGCACCGGGACGGUGCAGGUAAGAAGAGCAGUAUGGCAGAUGCAACCAGCAUGCUGUCUAUGUGUGACCCCGUCCACCUGGUGCUGAUCAAGACCGACCCGUCUGGUGAGACGGCACUGGUGUCGUCCUACUGUCUGGACUGGAGGACGGUCCUCAGCUCCCCCAGCAGCAAGAUCAGCUGUGCCGUAGAGCUGAUGGGAGUCGGAAGUGAAAGCAGAGUUCCGGCUGGUGUUUUGAAUGUCAGCGUGGAGCUCUACCCUCCUCUCCCAGAAACCCUGAGCAGUGACGUCAUCAGCACACAGCAAUCCCUGGAGCGGCAGAGGACGGCAGAGAAGGAGAGGCUCUUCCUGGUCUACGCCAAACAGUGGUGGAGAGAGUUCCUUGAAAUCCGGCCGUCUCACCAAUCCAAACUGGUCAAGAUAUUUGCACAGGAUGAGAACUGCGUGAACCGGCCGGUCUGCUCCUACGUGCGAGUCCUGCGGGCGGGACGCCUGCUGGAGAACCCUCGCCAGGCGGCCCGCUUCGUCAGCCUGCUGGCCCAGGAGAAGGCCCCGGUGGUGGGGGGGGGCACGGGCAAGCAGGAGCAGUGGUGCACGCUGAUGGCCUUCUUAUGCAGAGGGAAGGGAGACUGUGAGGACCACGCUACCCUGCUGUGCAGCCUCCUCCUGGGCUUCGGCCUGGACGCGUACGUGUGCGUGGGCACCAAAUCCAAGGGAGGGCCACACACCUGGGUCCUGACCCGCGGGACCGACGGGAGCAUCACCUUCUGGGAGAGUCUGACUGCACACAGAUAUUUGCACCGAGCCAUUGAUCCGGACGCCCCCCCCCUGGCCCCCCAGCCCAAACCCUCCUCCCCCUACCGCACCGUGGGCUGCGUCUUCAACCACCAGAGCUUCCUGGCCAACUGUCAGCCCUCGGAUGCCGUGGAGCUGUGCGUCUUUGACUUCCAGAAUCAGUCUCGCUGGAAGGCGAUGAGUGAAGCGGCUCUGCAGUCGGUGUGCGGCCCCGGCGCCACCACGGCGCUGCCCCCCCCACCUCCUCUUUGCGCCCCCUCUCUGGAUCCUGCUGCCGCCAGCAACCAGCUGGAGCUGGAGCUGCGCUACCUGCUCUACGAGCACCGCAAGGACCUGGAUCUGGCCACCGUGUGGGACGACCACCUGUCCUACCUGCUGUCCUCGGCCCUGUCGGCCUACGAGAUGGAGCGCUGCACCGGCGUCUCCUGCGGCAACGAGGAGUUCCAGGACGCCGUGAGGAGGGCCGUGCCGGACGGACACACCUUCAAAGGCUUCCCCAUACACUUCCUGCACCGCAACGCUCGCAGAGCCUUCGCCACCUGCCUCAGGUCUCCAUUCUGCGAGGAGAUAGUCUGCUGCCGUGGCGACCACGUGAGGCUGGCGGUCCGCGUCCGAGUGUUUGCGUAUCCGGAGAACGCGUGUGCAGUGUGGCUCAUGUUUGCAGUUAAAUACCGGUCUGUACUCUGACCACCGGACCAAAGCCAUAUUUUAAAUGUUUCAGAGGAACUUCCACAGCACUCUGAGGUCGUAGGUCGUCAGGGUCCACCAUGAAACUACAGAGAAAUGAAGUGCAACCCCCGAUGUUUCCUCUCACCCUCAGGCCGUGUCUCAUACAUUACUACAGUCUCCAUUUGUACAGACAUUUAUACUAUUUAUUUUUCACUGUGCACUUUUUA